UCUGAAGUGCAUUUAUUUUGAUGGAGUAACAUUAUGAUCUGAUACUCAAGCAAGAUGAAUAGAAACGAAAGGUUUUGAUUUCGCAUGUUAUUUUGGGACAUGUCAAAAUGAUUUUCGUCUUGUUUCUGAUCGGGAUGUUUGGAGGCUUCGUGUCUGGAAAGCAGAACGGUGUAGAGCUGACAUGCAAUGGCGACUCGAUGAUAGUUAGACUCGAUACCAGUCGUCUUCUCACUGAUACAUCAUCACCAUUCUCUGUUCACCUCAUCGAUCCUUCAUGUCAAAAAGACAAUCAUGGCGCCAAACCGGUUACUAUAGCAACAGCUUACAACAAAUGCGGGACAUAUAAACAGGUUCAAGAUGCGAGCAUUGUGUAUUCAAACCAAGUAUACAUCCAAUCAACCAACGGCGAGGAUCUCGACAUUCUCGUACAAUGCGAGAUAUCCCGACGAGAUUUCACGAUCGGUGUCAUGUCAUCCUCAUCAAUCAACGAUCUCUCAUCAUCAAACGAUACCGUCAACGAAACCCUCGAUGAACCUCAAGUUGGAUAUGGAGCGUUUUAUAUCACCAUGGAUCGCUACACCAACGCAAACUUUAAUGACAUAUAUCCUAUUUCAGAAACAAAUUUAGGACUAGACCAAGACUUAUUCUUUGAAGUAGAACUCCGAAAUGUGGCAGAUUUGAGGCUGAAUUUAGAAUCGUGUUGGGCUACUGUGGAAUCGGCAUCUGAUUCUCAACCACAAUAUGAAUUCAUAUCAAAUGGGUGA